AUGACAACAGCAUUAAGCAAACCAUUACUAAAUAUAUGUGAUGAUCUACAUCAAGUCAAAGGGAGUGUAUCACAAUUACAAGCUACUUUCAAUAGUAUUGUUAGUAAAUCACCCACUAUUGAUGAAUACCGCCAAUGGUUAACGCUAUUGAAUUCACCAAAUAGUAUCCUAUUUCAACGAGAAUCUAAAUCUAAUAUAGAAAGAUUCCAACAAAGUGUAUUAUCUCCUCAAACUAAAGUAGGGGUUAGAUUACGUCAAUUAUAUGAUUCUGGUAACCUACCUUUAAUUCAAUCAUUAUGUAAAAUAAAUUUCAAAUCUAAUAAUGCUGAUAAAUUCUUAGAUCAUUUCUUAGCUUAUAAUCCACCAAUAGAUCCUGAUAAUCUAAUAGAUAACAACAACAAGGGCAAUAUCUUAGGAUCAUAUUACUCUUAUCCGCCAGCAUUACCAACUAUAAAUAAUCAACCAUUAUUACUUCGGAUAACAACUGAUAAAUCAUAUAGACAACCUUCCGAUUUCUUAGAACUGGCAGAAACUCAUGAUUUCAACAAGAGUCAUAAUUCAAAAUUAGCAAUCAAGGGGAAAUCAAUUAUGGAAUUAGUAUUGAUUGAAGUUUUAGAUGAAAUGUUUCCAAAUUUAUAUGAUGAUGAUUUAAUUGUAAUACGUCAUAAAUUAAUGGCAAGUCAUAUCUUAACAAAAUUUUCAUUUGGUUAUAAUUUAGUUGAUCAUGCAAAAUAUAACCUUUCGGUAAAUAUUGAUUUAGAUUCUAAAUUAGAUGUAAUUGGAAAUAUAUUCUUAAGUUAUAUUGCCGGAUUAUCUAUAGAAGGUUAUUCAAUGAAAGAUAUAAAAUUAUGGAUUAAGAAAUUAUAUGAACCAAUUAUUCAAGAUACUUUAUAUCAAUAUAAUCCAACUGCAAGUAUUUCAUUAGCAGAAUUGAAUUUAUUAUUUAGACUGGCUACAAAUUUUUAUCAGAUCCCCAAAGAAGAAAUUAAUUAUGAAAUUGUUCAAAUUGGAUCUGAUCCUUAUGUUGCUCAAGUAUUAGUAAAUGGUGAACCUUUAGGAAUUGGAUCUUCGGCAAUUAGUUUUGAGGAAGCUAAAAAUAGAGCUGCUAAUGAUAUUUUAAAUGAUAAAGAACGGAUUAUAAAAAUAAUUCAAAUGUUAUAUCAAAAUUAUGAAACGAAUUCCAAUGGAAAACAAGGAUUACUUGAAAAUUCAAUGCAAUUACCAAUCCCACCUCCUCCACCGGGAUUACCUGGGUCUACACAGUCAACUAAUUCACCAACACCUCCAGUUAAACCAAAUGUUGCUUCAUCUCCCGAAAGGCCUACACAAUCUGCCAACCCCAAUCCACCACAAGGAUUCCCAACAUCAACGUAUCCUGAUAUAUCCCCGGCCAUCCCACCUCCACCUCCACCGCCUACUGUCCCACCUCCACAACAACAACAACAAGCAUCUCCAACCAUUAAUCAAUCACGUAAACUAUCAUUCCCAACCUAUCAACCACCAGGACCCAUGUAUAACGUCCCCCCAAUUGACAAUUCACAACACGCACCAGGUCCAUUACCGUAUGGAUUAGCACCACUCGCAACCUUUUCCCAAAAACCUCACCCCCAACCACCACAACCACCAUCGGAAGAAUAUACACCACCCACAAUCGGAUCGGGAAUAAAGGCCGGCGUGGAUGCAAAUUCCAAAAAUGAAUUAUAUGCCAAAUUGGGUCCAUAUCAUCUAACCCCCCUCUAUGAAUAUCGUCAUUUGGGUAAUGAAUUUCAAGCGAAUGUCAAAGUGAAUGGGAUCGUGUUGGGGAUUGGAUAUGAUUCGAAUAAGAAGAUUGCUGGGCAGAAGGCGGCGAUGUGUGCUUUGACUAAUCAUGAGAUUUUGAAGAGUUUGGGGAUAAAUAAUUAG